UUAUUUUUUUAUCAUUAAAUACAAGUAACUUUUAAUAAUUUAAUAAUGAAAUUAAUAUGCAAUGUAGAUGUUUAUAAUAGGUUAUCAUCACUUGCAAUAAAUAUUAGACAAAGAAAACCUCAAAAAUCAUGUUUAAUCAUAGGAAAGCAAUCAAAAGAAAAUGACGAAGUUUAUCUUAUAUUGCAAACUAAAUCAAAUAAAAUUGGUGUAAAGUACAAAAUAAAUAAUAAUAUUAAAAAAAUCUUUACAAAAUUUGUUGAUGAAGGAAAAGCAUCAUUUAGAAUUAUAGAACCAUCUCAUGAUAUAAACAUACAAUGUGAUCCAAUCCAAUUAAAAAGUUUUCUUCACGUAUUAAAACUUAUUCUGUUAAAAAAAUUUACUUCUCCACUUUCGACGUUGUCUGACUAUAAUAAAAAAUCUAUAAAUAUUGUUCCCAAAACAAAAAUUAUCAUAUCCAAAGUUUUAGAUUAUCCAACACUUAAAGGAUUUCCAAAAAUUACUGAACAACUAUAUCUUUGUGGUCUUCAAAGAAAAUCUUUUGAUUGUCAAAUUCUUAAAUUGCAUAAUUUAAAAAUUUUAAAUUUAUCACAAAAUCAAUUGACAAAUUUACCUCAAGAAUUAGGAAUGCUUCCAAACUUACAAGAAUUAAGUUUAUCAGAUAAUCAGUUUGGAAAAUGUCCAAUAUCUAAAUGGUCAUGGAUGAAUGGUUCUAAUAUUACAAAAACUCUACGUUCAUUAAAUUUAAGCUGUAACAAAUUAACUAAAAUUCCUGAUGAAAUUAGCAAGUUACAUGCUUUACUUUCAUUAAAUAUUAAUAAUAAUUUAAUUUCUAGUUUACCAGAAGGCAUAGGUAAUUUAAAAAAACUUAAAUAUUUAAAUAUAUCUAAGAAUAAUAUAACAAAUUUACCCGGAAGUAUGACAAAUUUACGUUUGUAUGAAUUGGAUAUAUCAGAAAAUUCAUUUCAAAUUAAUAAUGAUAAUACAAUAUCUGUGUGUGAUAUUAAAAUAUCUUGUCUUGUUGACCUUGCUGCACAAGUAGUAAUAAAAACAAGGAUAUAUUAUGAUGCAAGUAUAAUUCCAUUUACUUUAAUUCAAUAUUUAGAUAAAGCACAUUAUUGCAUGUGUGGUGUACCAUGCUUCAAUAGUUUUAUGAGAAAAUUUAUGCCAAUGAAUUUAUCAACAAUUACUAAUAGUAUUAGAUUUUCUGGUAUAUCAGGAAACAAUAUCCUGUUUGACUGUUACUUUUGUUCAUUUAAGUGUUUACGUAGAUAUUUUUUAUGUGUCUAAAGUUAUUAAUAUAUUGUUUUUAAUUUUUU